UAAAUCGUAUCUGCUACAAUUGCAGCAAGUCUCCUGUACGGGCAUGCGGUCGUUGUCGGCUUGACUACUAUUGCGGCAAGAUGUGCCAGAAGAGUGACUGGAAAAGACACCGAAUAUUUUGCCGUGAUGCCGGCGAAUCCAACGUUGAAGAGGAUCAGCAUGCUGCGGAAAUCACUGAGAUUGACCUGGAUAACGAAGAAGGGAUGAGCGGCCCCCGCACGCACAAGGAAUGGAAGGCCGACCUCCUCAAACGGGUUCAGCAGCGCGGGGUGCGACGAUUGGCUCCAGUGUAUUGUGAGCUCGACCCCCGCUGGUCGGUGCAACUGUUGGCCGCUGCAGCGCCGUUGGUGGAGGAAUUGGAGGUGUGGAAUGCACGCCCCGAGCACUGGCUCAUGUUGGCAUCCACGCCCCGCCUGCUCCGCCUCGAGGUGAACUUCCUCUAUCCAACCAUGACUGAGCUACUGUCUGGAAAAGGGCAAUUGCUCCGUGCCUUGCCCCGAGCAACGCCCGGGCGCCUGGUUUGGCUACGAGUCUGCCUGCCAAAGGCCCAGUUCCUGGACCUCGUCAAGUUGCACGCUGUGACGCUGCGUGAGCUUCAGAUCUUCGUAGGGACAGACGGCAAGCCCUCUCCUGACCCGAGAGACAAGGAGUUGGCGUUUCGCUGGCCCUGGUACUGCGGAGCUUCCGAGCUCUCGGACCUGAUUCAGAGCUGUGAGCUGAAGUGUCUGCGCCGAUUGGUGCUGCGUCGUCCCGUGAGGCCCGUCAUGUCGCUGAGCGGCGAGUUCACGCACCAUCCAAACGAGUGCCUCAAACAAAUGGAAGCUUUGCGCUCGGCGUUGCCAGACACCAAGCAGGUUCUCUGUGGCACAUGUGACAAUGUGCAGUGGAAGUGCUUUCAGUUUACAAUAUUCGGAAUGUUUUAAGAAUAGUGAGUCUGUAUAUCAAAAUGGAAUCUUCAUUUUUGAAUUUACAAUGAAUUUUAUUGAAUAAAAAGCAGGUUUAUUUCUUCACUGAA